CCAUUCAAUGAAAGAAUCUUCACCGCAGCCUGUGUAUGUCGUCAGUGGAUGAGGGUGGCGAGGCACCCGGAAUGUUUUCGAGAGAUCGACAUGAGGGAGUGGGCGGAGAGGCAAGGGCUUUUGCUACACGACACCAGGUGGAGCCAACCCGUCAUUAUUGGUGGUCGGUCCAUCCCCGCCCGUGCGGAUGCGAUGUUGAAGAAGCUGGGUGAUCUAAGCAGAGGUCGGGUGGAGACGUUGAUUCUUCAGUAUUGCACUACGACGGGGAUGAUGGCUGUUUGUGCUGGGCAGACGAACCUCAGGCGUCUAGAACUUUGGUCUGUGUUCGGUUCCCUUGACGAGCGGCGGAUUGAUCGUUUGCUGAGAUCAUGUCCGCAAUUAGAACACUUGAAGAUUGGUGACGUCACCUUGCCGGACUCUUUUAGUCGAUGGUCCUUUUGCCGACCUCACCCUGACUCCCCGUACUCUCCUCCUCUUCCUGAUCGAAUUCCCUCUUCUCUCCUCAGAAGUGCCGCCUUCGGCUUCGGCGACGAUUCUGUAAUCGACGACAGUCAUUCCGUCGUGUGGAUGGAACCGCCCCCUUGUGAGUGUGUCAAUCCCCUUCCUCCCAUAUUUCAAUCUCCGCAGAUUCAACGUGGGCUCUUGGAUGAAGAAAGUGGCGACGGAUCUGAUGGGAAAGAUGGAGGAGGGGGAAAUGAAGUGGAAAGAGAGGGGCGGGGUGGCGCUGAAGGGUCUGGGCCAAGCGGUGAAGUGGGAGGAGGAGGAGGAGGAGGAGGAGGAGGAGAUGAAAUGGAGAGAGAGGAGGGGAGGGGUGAUGGAGGCUCGGCGGUGAUCGACGAUGUAGGAGGCGGAGGGGAACAUGAAGAAGAAAGCGAAGAAGGUUCUGGGGGGCAAGAUGAAGAUGGAGGAGGAGGAAAUGCCGUGGACGAAGAUGGGCAGGAUGAUGACCAAGGGUCGGCGGCAAGCCAUGAAGCGGGAGGAGGAGGAGGAGGAGGAGGAGGAGGAGGAGGAGGAGAAAGUGAUGAAGUGCAACGAGAGGAGGCGGUGGGUGAUGAAGGUUCUAGCGCGAGGAGGGAAGAAGAAGCAGGAGGAAAUGAAAUUCUUGAAAGAGAGGGGCGUGGUGAUGAUCUACGGUCUUCGCUCGUCCAUGGAGGAGUAGGAGUAGGAGUAGAAGGCGGCGGCGGAGGAGUAGUAGUAGUAGUAGUAGUAGGAGGAGGAGUAUUAGGAGGAGUGGAAGGAGGAGGAGUAGGAGAAGGAGUAGGAGUAGAAGGAGGAGKAGGAGGAGAAGGAGUAGGAGCAGGAGGAGAAGGAGAAGGAGGAGUAGGAGGAGUAGAAGGAGAAGGAGUAGGAGGAGGAGGAGGAGGAGAAGGAGGAGGAGGAGGAGAAGGAGGAGAUGAUGAAUUAAUAGAUGAAGUGGAAAGUGAAGAUGUGUGGCGUGGUAAAGAGGUCGUGAAUGACGAUGGUGGGGACGAGGAGGUUGUUGUGAACGUGUUCUCAGUCUAUAGUAUGUGGCUGUCGCCGCCUGGUCGCCCUGAGAGACGCGGUCGUCGAAUCUUGUCCUUCUCUCUCACUCCUCCAACCAUUGAGGAUGAAGACGGUUCUUCAUCAGAUUCUUCAUCCACCUCAUCUUCAUCUUCAUCGAGCGGCGAAGAGCAGGAGGCCGGUCUCGAGAUGCGGGGAGGUAAUCAUCAGGAAGAGGGGCAAGGCCAUCAUGAUGACGGAGUGGAACCCGAUCCUGAUGCUACGACGACGGCGGAUGCCUCUGCCGCAGUAGAAGAUGAAGAUGAUAAUGAGUGUGAUGUCUCAGUAGUUGCUCGUGGCGUUGAUGGUUUGUCAGUUCUGAGCAUCGCCAAGAACUGUCCAAAUUUGAAGACGCUUCAUCUCACGUCAUCUCCUCACAGCGACGACUUCUGGACGCAGACCACGAUGAUGGCCUUAGUCCAAGGAUGCACGGGAUUGACCGAUCUGUCUCUUGCCGAAGGCAGCGCUGCAUUCUUCGACCGCUGGUCCGCAGAUGCCGACCAGCCGGAGUGCUCCGCCAUCCGUGUCCUUGCUGCGGGAUGCCAGCAACUGCGAAACCUCUCUCUCUGCGAUUUGCCGCUGCCGGCGUUCGAUGCCUUAGUGCAAGAUGAUGAUCGGUGCAGCCCUGUGUUAUCUGCUUUGUCUCUGACUUCGAGAGGCUUACUCGAGGAAGACGAAGACGAAUUGCAUGGUCUAGACGUAUGGAAUUCCUAUUUCCGUUGCACUCGACGUCGACACCUGACAUCUCUGUGCGUGAUAGAUAGCGUCUACUUCGGCGACUCUCAGCUGGAGGCGGCAGUGACAGAGUGUUGUUUUGGCUUAACGAGACUGGACGUGAGCGGCACGCGGGUGUCCGACUUGGGGAUCGCUGCAGCGGUGCAGAAUUGCUCUCACCUCCGAAUACUUUGCGCAUCUCGGUGUCGAUACGUCACCGACGAAUCUGUUAGGCUUGUGGCGGCUGCAGCUGGGCGGCAGUGGCGGGAGCUGUGUUUCGACGAGACGAGCGUCACACACAACUCCCUGUCUUCUCUGGCCUGCCUGCGAACGCACACUCCAGGACUUGUGAAGCUUCUGCUGUACGGAACCUUAGUCGGAGGAGGAGGAAGAGCAGCAGGAGGAGGAGAAAGAGUCUCUACCUUACCCUCCUUGGAAUGGUUGACGAGUUUAGAGGCCAUUCUUCAGCGCCAUCCCCAUCUGGAGGAGAUAGGUUUGCGCGUCUUCGAUCCGUUGUUGAAUGCCCAUCAAGCGGAGUGGAUGGAAUUGAUGUGGGGACGAGCAGUGGCCGCGCGGAUGUUCGCACAGUCUCUACGCGCACUGGAGCAGCAUAGGGAAGGGGGAUUGCGUAGCAGCAACAAGAGGAAGGAUUGUGUGUAUGGCUGCGAGGAUGGCUGUGAGUAUCGUGGUGAGGAUGGUACAGAUUGGGAGCCUCGUCUUGCCGCCUGGCAGUGCUGUGGUCCUUUCCUGCGUUGCCUCUCUGCAGUGGGUCGGUCCUUACGCCGCCUUCAUCUCUAUUGCGACCCGAGAGCGCUUUUCGCCGACUUCCAGGUGGGGUUUCUCGAUUUCCUCAGCUCCUGCCCCAAUCUAGUCUCUCUCAGAUUGACAGGAUUUGCCCAAGUAAGUGAUGCCAUCGUGUACAGGCUGGGGGAUUUGUGUCCUUUGCUGGAGCAUCUCGCCAUAGCUGGUUCUCGAAUACCCUUCUCCAAAGGUAUCGAGCACCUGGCUGUCACAAGCCCCAGACUCAAGUCUUUCGAGUACCGUCCCGACCAUUACAGGGGCGUCCUCUUGGACCAAGCAUAUGACCUGGCUGCCUAUGUCAGGAGGUGAAGCUAUUAGCCUACCGGCUUCCGCCAAGUCAUUGACGCCAUCGUGUACAAGCUGAAGGAUUUGUGUCCUUCGCUUGAGCAUCUAGGGUGUGAAACUCCUGGCUGUCCCAAGCCCCAGACUCAAGUCUUGCCCGUACCGUCACGACCAGUACAGGGAUGUGCUCUUGGACGAAGCCUGGGAGUAGGUUAGACAUGUGAGGACGAGAACCAAUUAGCAUACCAUCU